ACCGCAAAAUUUCACUAAUUAGUCUGUCGACCAUUUCCUAUUAUUGGAUCUCUAGCUCUACCAUCAUCUUACUCACAGCAUCUCUUCUCUUCCUCUGAUCUUCCGUGCUGAUCAUGUUGAUUAGUGGUAUAUUCCGUGGAGUCGUGGCAGGCGCCACCCGAGGAGUCAUGACGUCCAAACGAGGCAACAAGAAUUUUUAUAAGGGGCGAGGAGCUAAAGGCACUGGCAGGCACACCAGGAAGGGCGGGUUCAUUAUCAACCGCUCGAGAAUUCCUGAAAUCGUGGUACCCAAUUUGGAAGGCUUCAAGCUAAAGCCGUAUGUGUCCCUCAAGACGCCCUAUAUCAUUGGAAAGCCCAUGACAGCUGAAGAUAUCCUGGAUGUGGUUCGCCCUCUCGUUACAGAUACUGAACUGUCAACAAACACGUAGCUAUAAGCAUAUAAUAGCGAGC